CAGCCUCUGCUUCCGUGUGUUUAAAGAGUUUUGGAAAAUUCCAGAAAACGAACAAAGCCACAGCCUUUGCGCCCAGAGAUCUCUGGUGCCUUCUGCAUCGCAAACCCUAGAUUUCUCCCGCCGCAUCCGAUUCAGGUUGCGAGUUGUUCCAUCAGGACUGAUUUUAUCAAAUAAAUCAGUUUGAUAAUUGCAAAGAUGAGCGUUGUUGGUUUUGACUUUGGAAAUGAGAGCUGCAUUGUUGCAGUUGCCAGGCAAAGAGGUAUCGAUGUUGUGCUCAACGAUGAAUCCAAGCGUGAGACUCCUGCUAUUGUGUGUUUUGGUGAUAAACAGCGUUUCAUUGGGACGGCUGGAGCUGCAUCAACUAUGAUGAACCCAAAGAAUUCAAUCUCCCAGAUGAAGCGGUUGAUUGGGCGACAAUUCUCUGAUCCUGAGCUCCAACAGGACCUUAAGUCUUUGCCCUUCACUGUUACUGAAGGGCCUGAUGGUUAUCCCUUGAUUCAUGCACGGUAUUUGGGAGAAGUGAGGACAUUCACACCAACCCAAGUUUUGGGGAUGAUGUUUUCUAAUCUUAAGGGCAUAGCUGAGAAGAAUUUGAAUGCAGCAGUAGUAGAUUGCUGUAUUGGGAUACCUGUUUAUUUCACAGACCUUCAGAGAAGGGCUGUAUUGGAUGCAGCUACAAUUGCUGGUUUGCAUCCCCUUCGAUUGCUUCAUGAAACUACUGCAACAGCUCUGGCAUAUGGUAUUUAUAAGACAGAUUUACCUGAGAAUGACCAGUUAAAUGUUGCUUUUGUUGAUAUUGGGCAUGCAAGCAUGCAGGUGUGCAUUGCAGGCUACAAGAAAGGCCAGCUGAAGAUUCUGGCUCAUUCCUUUGAUCAAUCUUUGGGUGGUAGAGAUUUUGAUGAAGUCCUAUUCAAUCACUUUGCAGCAAAAUUUAAGGAAGAAUAUAAAAUCGAUGUUUUCCAGAAUGCAAGAGCAUGUCUAAGACUUCGGUCUGCAUGUGAAAAGUUGAAGAAGGUUCUUAGUGCAAACCCGGUAGCGCCUUUGAAUAUAGAGUGCUUAAUGGAUGAGAAGGAUGUUAGGGGUUUCAUUAAAAGAGAUGAGUUUGAACAGAUCAGUGUUCCAAUCUUGGAAAGAGUGAAGGGACCUUUGGAGGAGGCCCUUUCAGAUGCUGGUCUAUCAGCUGAAAAUAUUCAUGCAGUUGAGGUUGUUGGCUCAGGUUCUCGUGUUCCUGCUAUUAUUAGAAUAUUAACAGAAUUUUUCGGAAAGGAACCUAGGCGGACAAUGAAUGCAAGUGAGUGUGUGGCCAAGGGCUGUGCUCUACAAUGUGCAAUUCUUAGCCCAACAUUUAAAGUGCGAGAGUUUCAGGUCAAUGAAAGCUUCCCAUUUACAAUUGCUUUGACCUGGAAAGGCGAUGCCCAGAAUGGUGCUGCAGAUAAUCAACAAAAUACUGUUGUCUUUCCAAAGGGAAAUCCAAUACCUAGUGUCAAGGCGCUGACAUUUUACAGAUCGGGCACAUUUUCUGUUGAUGUGGUAUAUGCUGAUGCAAGUGAAAUACAGGGUCAGGUGAAGAUCAGCACAUAUACGAUUGGUCCAUUUCAAUCUACAAAAGUUGAGCGAGCUAAAUUGAAGGUGAAGGUUCGGCUGAAUCUGCAUGGGAUUGUGUCAGUUGAAUCAGCAACACUCUUGGAAGAAGAAGAGGUCGAAAUUCCUGUUGUAAAAGAGCCGGCAAAGGAUGCUACCAAGAUGGAUACUGAUGAAACUCCUGGUGAUGCUGCUGCUCCCCCUGGUACUAGUGAGACUGAUGCAAAUAUGCAAGAUGCUAAGGGGGAUGCUCCUGGAGUUGAAAAUGGGGUUCCAGAAUCAGGUGACAAGUCUGUGCAGAUGGAAACAGAUACAAAGGUUGAGGUUCCAAAGAAAAAGGUGAAGAAAACAAAUAUUCCUGUAUCAGAAUUGGUUUAUGGUACAAUGGUGCCUGCAGAUGUGCAAAAAGCUGUAGAAAAGGAGUUUGAAAUGGCUUUGCAAGAUCGAGUCAUGGAAGAAACAAAAGACAAGAAGAAUGCCGUGGAGGCAUAUGUUUAUGACAUGAGAAACAAGCUUCAUGACAAGUAUCAGGACUUUGUCACUUCAUCAGAGAGGGAUGAGUUUACUGCUAAACUGCAGGAGGUAGAAGAUUGGUUGUAUGAAGACGGUGAGGAUGAAACAAAAGGUGUUUACAUUGCCAAACUCGAGGAACUUAAGAAGCAAGGUGACCCAAUUGAGGAGCGCUACAAGGAGUACUCUGAGCGGGGAACAGUGGUUGAUCAACUUGUUUAUUGUAUCAAUAGUUACAGAGAGGCAGCAAUGUCGAAUGAUCCCAAGUUUGAGCACAUAGAUGUCUCCGAAAAACAGAAGGUCUUGAGUGAGUGUGUGGAAGCAGAGGCCUGGUUAAGGGAGAAAAAGCAGCAGCAGGACUCACUUCCCAAACAUGCCACCCCAGUCCUCCUGUCCGCCGAUGUGAGAAGGAAGGCUGAGGCAGUUGACAGGGCUUGCAGGCCAAUAAUGACAAAGCCAAAACCAGCGAAGCCUGCUGCUCCUGAAACACCCCCGACCCCCCCUCCGCAAGGAAAUGAGCCACAGCCUCAGGGUGGGGAAAAUGCAGCCAGCGCCCAUGAUAGUGCAGCAGAUGGAAGCAGUAGUGAGGUACCACCUGCUGCAGCGGAACCAAUGGACACUGACAAGUCUGAGACUACCACUGCUGCAUAAGUCUGGUUCAUUUGUAUAACAACUGUUUCCAUUUGAGUCUGAUACGGACAAGUCUUUGGUGGGGGGCUGCCAGUGAGAGAGGCUAUGAGAUGUUUGUUGGUGAAUUUGUUUGAAAUAGUAAAACCCAUCCUCUGUUUGGGUGGUCUGCCAAAUUCUUAUUAUAUUGUUGUUAGGUGGGUCUCUAGAAUCCGGUUUUGCAAAAGGGUUUUUAAGGACUAUUACAGUCUUCUUCAAAAAUCUUGAUGGGAUGUUUUUUGUUGGGAAAGAGACCUAAAUUUUACUCUCUAUUGAACUUGUUUAUCACUUCUUUAUCAAGAAUCCUUCUCAUUC